ACAACAUAUGUUUUGACAGAUGAAAAGUUGACUUCAGGUUUUAAUAUAACAUCAAGUGACUCCGUUUGCCUUCGAAAGACAUCUUUUACAACAAACAUAGCCCAUUUUAAGAAAAAAUUGACGAUCGACCGACGAACUCGCGGUAGCUGGUUGGAAACUAAAAUUACGGAUAAUUUCUGAUCAACACUGUUUCACAGCUGUUUUAUAUACAUCUGAUUGGAUUCAAUAGCAAAGAAAAUUGCAAUUAUAUACAAACGAUUUACAACUUUUGGCGAAAUAUUUCUUAACUCUAAAAAUGUUGGAAACUUGUCAAAGGCGUCACAUGCUACUAGGGCUCAGCCUAUUAGUGGCUGCAACAGUUAUAGUUCUCAUUAUCGAGUCGCGUUUUCCUGACAGUGAGAAUACUCGACGCUCGCGAGCUCAGCAGUUCGUCAUCGAAAACAAUUCCACAUGCUGGCAGCGCGAGGAAUAUAGUGUCAUACAGGAAUGUCAUCCGUGCACCGAAUUUGAUAUUGUAAGCAAAAGCCUUGGUGUAUGCAUACACACGCACUACAAGGAAGUUCUACGUUGUAAAAGUGGUGAAACUGUGACGCGUAGCUGUGAUCGUGUCGCGCUUAUCGACCAGCGUAAUUUCAUUAAAUUUGAGAUUACAUGCUUUUGUAUAGGCUCUCUUAGCUAUCUGGUUUCAUAUGCUAGAGAUCGAAUAUUAUCACGAAGAACGCAUUUAAAGAUUGAACGACAAUUGAACCGCAUGCAAUAACAUUAAGAGGUUUGUCUACGAUUGAAACUCCGAACUCAAAUUCUAAUAACAAUUGACGUUUACAAAUUUUAGUAAUGCAGCUUUUGGCUACUGGGAUAUGGAUGUGUAUGUAUUAAAGUUAUGAGAUUUUAACGAUAAGUUAAGUGUAUUAAGAAUAAUUUGUUACGAACGUAAUGCUGAUUAAAAUUUAACAAUGCUACUUCCAGAUUCUUGAUUAAAAUUAAUAACGAUAUCAUCUUAAAAAUGGUUAAUUAUCGUAUUCUAUAUUAAACUUAAACUUUUAUUUAAGUGAAUAGAAAUAUGUUUUUGUGGUGUUUAUAUAAAUGUGUGCACAUAUAUUUGUAUAAUAAUAAUAUAAAAGCUUCCAAAAGGGAUGCUAACUAUAAAUUUACUAAAUGGAAUGCAUUCUAGAUUAUAUAAGAAUAAGUAAGAUUGUAAAUUAAGUAUAGUUCAAUUAACAUUUUCGAAUAAAAUAAAUUUAAAGAGACAUUUCGUCAAAAACAUAAUACGUUCGAACACAAA